UUUGGUUUCACAGCUGAUGAAGAGCAGCAGAGUUCAGAGAGUCUCAGGAUUGUGCUGAUUGGGAAGACUGGCAGUGGAAAGAGUUCUUCAGGAAACACCAUUCUGGGAAGAAAGGAGUUUGAGGCUCUACUCAGUCAAACUUCAAUCACCAAACGUUGUCAGAAGUCAGUGGGUGAAGUGGACGGACGUCCUGUUGUCGUGGUCGACACUCCUGGACUGUUUGACACAACUUUGUCUAAUGAUGAAGUACAUGAAGAGAUGGUGAAAUGCAUCAGUCUUCUGUCUCCAGGACCACAUGUCUUCCUGCUGGUGGUACACAUUGGCAGAUUCACACCAGAGGAGAAGGAGACACUAAAACUCAUCAAGAAAAUCUUUGGAAAGAAUUCAGAAAAAUUCACCAUCAUUCUUUUAACUGGAGGAGACAAAUUGAUGCAUCAGAAUCAGUCCAUUGAAGACUUCAUUGAAAAGCAAUGUGACGAUUCCUUCAAGAAGCUGAUCUCUGACUGUGGAGGAAGAUACCACGUGUUUGAUAACUAUGAUAAACAAAACCGAACACAAGUCAGUGAGCUGAUAACAAAGAUCGACACCAUGGUGAAGGAAAAUGGAGGAAGCUGCUUCACCAACGAGAUGCUGCAAGAAGCUGAAGCAGCGAUACGGAAAGAAAUGAAGAAAAUCCUGAAGGAGAAGGAAGAAGAGAUGAAGAGAAAUAUGGACGAGCUGGAAAGAAAACACGAGAAAGAAAAAGAAGAAAUAAAAACAAGAAUAGAAGAAGAGAGAACAAAAAUUGAAAAGGAACGGAAACUGAGACAAAAACUACUUGAUGAAAUGGAGGAAAACAUCAACAAGGAUCGUGAGCUGAGAAAGAAAGAAGAAGAAAUCAGAGAGGAAGAGAAAAGGAAAAGAGAAGCAGAGGAAGAAAAUAACAGACGGAAUCUAAAAAUGGAAAUGGAACUGUUGGACAAACAAAUUCAAUCAAACCAAGAAGAAAAGGAAAACAUUGACAGAAAACUGGAAGAGACCAGAGAUGAGAUGAGAAAGAAACAAGAAGCCUGGGAGGAAGAACGAAGAGAGUGGUGGAAGAAACAGAAACAAGAAGAUGAAGAGAAACGACAGGAGGAGAAAAGAAAAAUAGAAGAACUUCAAGAGGAGUUCAAGCAGAAACAAGAUGAAAAUGAAAAGAAAAGAAAAGAAGAAGAUCAAAUCAGGAGAGAAGAGGAGGAGAGGAAACAGAAAGAAUUACAGGAAAAUCAUGAGAAAAUCGUCAACAAGGAGCGUGAGCUGAGAAAGAAAGAACAAGAAAUUAGAGGAGAAGAGAAACGUAAAAGGGAAGCAGAGGAAGAAAAAAACAGACAGAUUAGAAAAAUGGAACUUGAAAAGUUGGACAAACAAAUUCAAUCAAACCAAGAAGAAAAGAAAAACCUUGACAGAAAACUGGAAGAGACCAGAGAUGAGAUGAGAAAGAAACAAGAAGCCUGGGAGGAAGAACGAAGAGAGUGGUGGAAGAAACAGAAACAAGAAGAUGAAGAAAGACAACAGGAGGAGAAAAGAAAAAUAGAAGAACUUCAAGAGGAGUUCAAGCAGAAACAAGAUGGAUAUGAAAAGAAGAGAAGAGAAGAAGAUCAAAUCAGGAGAGAAGAGGAGGAGAGAAAACAUAAAGAAUUACAGGAAAAUCAUGAGAAAAUCGUCAACAAGGAGCGUGAGCUGAGAAAGAAAGAACAAGAAAUUAGAGGAGAAGAGAAACGGAAAAGAGAAGCAGAGGAAGAAGAAUACAGACAGAAUCUAAAAAAGGAACGUGAAUUAUUGGCCAAACAAAUUCAGUCAGACAAAGAAGAAAAGGAAAACAUUGACAGAAAACUGGAAGAGACCAGAGAUGAGAUGAGAAAGAAACAAGAAGCCUGGGAGGAAGAACGAAGAGAGUGGUGGAAGAAACAGAAACAAGAAGAUGAAGAGAGACAACAGGAGGAGAAAAGAAGAAUAGAAGAACUUGAGGAGAAGUUCAAGCAGAAACAAGAUGAAUAUGAAAAGAAAAGAAAAGAAGAAGAUCAAAUCAGGAGAGAAGAGGAGGAGAGGAAACAGAAAGAAUUACAGGAAAAUCAUGAGAAAAACCUUGUGGAAAUGGAGAAGAGCUACAAAGACAAAGCUAGAAAGCAAGCUGAGGAGUUUAAUGAGUUCAAAGAGAAACACAAAAAGGAAUUAGCAGCUCAGAAGGAGGAGUAUGUGAAACAAAUGACUGACUUGAUGAAACGUGUGGCCAAAAAGAGUCAAAACUUUAAAAAAAUCAAGAAUUUACUGAAGAAACACGAACAAGAAAUGAAGAAAGAGAGCAAUGAGAGCAAAAAGGAAAACCUGCAGCAGAGGCAAGAAGAAGAAUUUAGUAACUUCAUGGAAGAGAUUUUGAAAGAAGAGACUGAAAACACAGGAUGGUGCAGCAUUUUAUGAGGUGAUUCAUAACUCUGGUAUCACUGAGUGACAGUCAAUGAAAAGACUGAACCAGAUUCUGCUGUUUUUUGGCCACAUUCAGGCUCCAGAAACAUGCAGCUGGAGUCAAACAGAACUAUUCAAUUUAUCCAACACAAAUCUGUUGUUAGACUUCAGCCAGUUGCACAACAAAAUCAUGCAAAGAGAAAUACUGGAAGAUUUACUGAAAAGUAAAGUCCCAAAAAAAGUCUCAACAAGUCAUUCUACGAGACAAUUUUAGAAAAGAAGACAAUAUAUAUGAGGGCAGAGGGAUGUGUUUUGUGUUUUGAAGUUUGGGGAAGUGUUAAAUGUGUGAAAUCACUUUAAGGUAGAUAUUAUUUUAUGGUUUCCUUCUGUGCUCUCAUUGGUAAACAGACUAGAGUCAGUGUGUUCUGCUUUAAACAGAGAUUAUAUUGGGUUUUCUGGUGAACUAAUCCAGGUAUUAUUGUUUUAGUAAUCAAUGUGUGUGUAGUGACAUAAAACAAGCUGCAAACACAGAAAGCAGUGCAUAAACCAAACCUCUGUUGAAGCUACAAGAAGUUUCUAACCAGCAGCAACAACAAAAGUAGAGAGUCAGUCGACCUUCAGGUCAGCAGUGUUUCAGAUUUUCUGACAAAGAAAACGAGCUGCAUGAUGGAGAAGAUGAAACAAUGAGAACAUGUGAGAACCUCGGUGAACCUGGACUCUCAGGUUUCCAGAGAGAAAGAAAAGAGAAUCUGAUUUGGAAAACAGAGCUGACAAAGAUGUACAGAGGCAGGAUGUUCACUGAUGUAGUUUAAAACUAUAUUUGAUGUAAAUGCAUCAAUGAUUAGAUGAUAUUAAGGGAAAAUGUAGUAGUUUAACAUUCAGGAUUUUCUGUGUAUUUUCUGUCACGUUUGGUUAAAACUGCAGGUGAUGGUGGAGCUAUUUUUAGUGCUUGACUUGUUUAUUUUAGAAAGGUUUAGAAUUAUAAAAACAGGAGGCACAAUGGGCUGCUGUGUCAGAAAUAACUGCCUAUUUUAUGUUUCCUUUAAUCUCCAUAAAUGUAUGUUUAACCUUUAACAAAGCAAAUGAUAAAGAAACGACUAAACAGGAAGCAGCAAGACUUCAGUCAGAACAUGAUUUUUGUUUACUGUUGAAAUAAGAAAGAAAAUAUCAAAUUAAAUGCUUGGAAGUUGAGUUUCACAUCACACAUUAUAAACUACAGCUUUGUUUUCAGACUUGUUUUCAAUAUUUGUCACAUGUUAAAUCAUAAUGGAUGAGUUUUAACUGUUUGCAUGAAUUUUUGACAUAAAUUCUGAUGAAUUUUGAUGUUUGAGAUUAAUCUUUAUUUUCUGUAGUGUCAUUAUAAAAGAUGAAUGAAUGUUUCUCUGCAGUUCAGUGACUGUUGUUAAAAGCUGAAGUCAAACUGAUCAAACAUUGAAACACCUUCAUUCUCCUCUGAUUUUAUUUCUGUGAUACACUGAUCUGAUGUAUUAUGUAGUACUGAUGUUACUGUGAUAAUAUCCCAAUAAUCCUCAUUGGAACAACAAUAAAUGAUUAUAUUGUGCAUUUAAACGUGGAAUUGUGUCUAAAACAGUAAUAAAGUUUUCAGAUGAGACCAGUUUUGUAUUUAAUGAGCUUUAAUGAGUCUGUGGGUCGCUGCUGGAGAACUUUGCUGCUGUCUGAUCAACUUUCACUGAGUUUUUACACUUUGUUCUUUAAGUUACUGAGACUUUGUGAACAUUUUAUGACUCAGA